GCGGAGCGCGAGGGGCGGGGGCCGGGCGCACUGCUGAUGAAACCUGGCGCCGGAACCCGCCAGCCCUCGGCGCCCAUUCAGUCAGCGCAGGCAGGUGUGAGCAGCGGGUCAACUACCUGGCAGGCGCGCACGCGGCCGCGGGCUCCCGCUAACCGCAGCCUCCACUCCUCUCCCCGCGCGCCGCGCCCCCGCCCCGCCCCGCCCGGUCUCCCCGGCCGAGCGUCCGUUGGUCCUUGAGUGCGUCCGACAGUCUGUCUGUUCGCGAUCCUGCCGGAGCCCCGCCGCCGCCGGCUUGGAUUCUGAAACCUUCCUUGUAUCCCUCCUAAGACAUCUUUGCUGCAAGAUCGAGGCUGUCCUCUGGUGAGAAGGUGGUGAGGCUUCCCGUCAUAUUCCAGCUCUGAACAGCAACAUGGGGUGCAAAGUCCUGCUCAACAUUGGGCAGCAGAUGCUGCGGCGGAAGGUGGUGGACUGUAGCCGGGAGGAGACGCGGCUGUCUCGCUGCCUGAACACUUUUGAUCUGGUGGCCCUCGGGGUGGGCAGCACACUGGGUGCUGGCGUCUACGUCCUGGCUGGAGCUGUGGCCCGUGAGAAUGCAGGCCCUGCCAUUGUCAUCUCCUUCCUGAUCGCUGCGCUGGCCUCGGUGCUGGCUGGCCUGUGCUAUGGCGAGUUUGGUGCUCGGGUCCCCAAGACGGGCUCAGCUUACCUCUACAGCUAUGUCACCGUUGGAGAGCUCUGGGCCUUUAUCACCGGCUGGAACUUAAUCCUCUCCUACAUCAUCGGUACUUCAAGCGUAGCAAGAGCCUGGAGCGCCACCUUCGACGAGCUGAUAGGCAGACCCAUCGGGGAGUUCUCACGGACACACAUGACUCUGAACGCCCCCGGCGUCCUGGCUGAAAACCCCGACAUAUUCGCAGUGAUCAUAAUUCUCAUCUUGACAGGACUUUUAACUCUUGGUGUGAAAGAGUCGGCCAUGGUCAACAAAAUAUUCACUUGUAUCAACGUCCUGGUCCUGGGCUUCAUAAUGGUGUCAGGAUUUGUGAAAGGAUCGGUUAAAAACUGGCAGCUCACGGAGGAGGAUUUUGGGAACACAUCAGGCCGUCUCUGUUUGAACAAUGACACAAAAGAAGGGAAGCCCGGUGUUGGUGGAUUCAUGCCCUUCGGGUUCUCUGGUGUCCUGUCGGGGGCAGCGACUUGCUUCUAUGCCUUCGUGGGCUUUGACUGCAUCGCCACCACAGGUGAAGAGGUGAAGAACCCACAGAAGGCCAUCCCCGUGGGGAUCGUGGCGUCCCUCUUGAUCUGCUUCAUCGCCUACUUUGGGGUGUCGGCUGCCCUCACGCUCAUGAUGCCCUACUUCUGCCUGGACAAUAACAGCCCCCUGCCCGACGCCUUUAAGCACGUGGGCUGGGAAGGUGCCAAGUACGCAGUGGCCGUGGGCUCCCUCUGCGCUCUUUCCGCCAGUCUUCUAGGUUCCAUGUUUCCCAUGCCUCGGGUUAUCUAUGCCAUGGCUGAGGAUGGACUGCUAUUUAAAUUCUUAGCCAACGUCAAUGAUAGGACCAAAACACCAAUAAUCGCCACAUUAGCCUCGGGUGCCGUUGCUGCUGUGAUGGCCUUCCUGUUUGACCUGAAGGACUUGGUGGACCUCAUGUCCAUUGGCACUCUCCUGGCUUACUCGUUGGUGGCUGCCUGUGUGUUGGUCUUACGGUAUCAGCCAGAGCAGCCUAACCUGGUAUACCAGAUGGCCAGUACUUCUGACGAGUUAGAUCCAGCAGACCAAAAUGAAUUGGCAAGCACCAAUGAUUCCCAGCUGGGCUUUUUACCAGAGGCAGAGAUGUUCUCUUUGAAAACCAUACUCUCACCCAAAAACAUGGAGCCUUCCAAAAUCUCUGGGCUAAUUGUGAACAUUUCAACCAGCCUCAUAGCUGUUCUCAUCAUCACCUUCUGCAUUGUGACCGUGCUUGGAAGGGAGGCUCUCACCAAAGGGGCGCUGUGGGCAGUCUUUCUGCUCACAGGGUCUGCCCUCCUCUGUGCCGUGGUCACGGGCGUCAUCUGGAGGCAGCCCGAGAGCAAGACCAAGCUCUCAUUUAAGGUUCCCUUCCUGCCAGUGCUCCCCAUCCUGAGCAUCUUCGUGAACGUCUAUCUCAUGAUGCAGCUGGACCAGGGCACCUGGGUCCGGUUUGCCGUGUGGAUGCUGAUAGGCUUCAUCAUCUACUUUGGCUAUGGCCUGUGGCACAGCGAGGAGGCGUCCCUGGAUGCCGACCAAGCAAGGACUCCUGACGGCAACUUGGACCAGUGCAAGUGACGCACAGCCCCGCCCCCCAGAGGUGGCAGCAGCCCCGAGGGACGCCCCCAGAGGACCGGGAGGCACCCCACCCUCCCCACCAGUGCAACAGAAACCACCUGCAUCCACACCCUCACUGCAGCCAAAGGUGCAAUUACUUGACCUGCAGCCCCAGCCCACCCUCGGCUCUGCAGCCGGUUCUCCGGGCCCUGGUCACCUCCAGACAGCUGCCUGGCCGGGGCCACUAGGCUGCGGCUGGCCACUGUGUCUCCUCACUUCUCUGAACAAAGCAGUUCCUCCCCUGCCAGCUCAGCCCCGAGCUGCCACAGCCUCAGGCAGAACGGAGGUCACCUUCUCUCCUUAUCUUGGGAACCAGGCCUUCCUCCUGGGGACUGUUCUGGGAUUGAAAUUGUGCAUACUCCAAACUUUCGCAGCCAUCUUCCCACUCAGCCCCAGACACCCAGCAAUCAAGCCAGAUGAGUACCACAAAACAGUGUGUCCCCAGCAGCUCCCCACCCCAGAGCCAAACGACAGUAGUGCACUUAAAAAGGAAAAUCAGGCCUGUUGUCCUUCUCCGGUUGCAUUCAGAUGGGUCAUUAGGGCCGGACCCUGCCUGCCCCUUGGCUUCUCAGGGCUUUGCUCUGACACCAUGACAGCUGCCCAGGGCUGAGGGCAGCUGGCUCCACUCAAAUGAGGAAGAAGGGAUCACUCCCAUUAGGGCCUGCUUUGCUUAUGCAUGUGUGUGCACAUGUAUGUAAACCAGGGACCUUCAGCUCACGGCCUCCAGGCCUGGGCCAGUUCUUGCUGCUCCUGCCGUCUCCCCCGACUGGCUGUGUCCUGAGUAACUGGAACAUGAGACUGUAUCUGCAGGACUGGCCCCAUGGUAGCCAAGUCAGAAGUCUGUUUCCUGUGAGUCGCCACCAUUCACUCAGUCUUGCCCUCCCAUGCUUUGGAGCCAGUCUGGUGGCUCCUGUAAGGUUCUCAAGGCUGGUGGCAGCUCAGUCUGGGGUCAGAACAUGUCGGGGUCAUGCGUUUCUGGCCCUGACAUAAGCUGUCUGGCCUCUCUGUGACAUGAUGAAAUUGAAAUCAAUCCACAGUCCAUGAAAUUGUGACACUCCACCAGAUUAAGUUAGGGCAUAACAUUAACUUGGAAAUGGCCAUGUCAUCACCCCUGCGGCUGUCCUAUAGCUGAGAUGCGUGGGUCGCAGGGGAGGUGAUUUCUAGGCAUAUUGCUGUCCCUUUUGUGUAUCUGUCAUCCGGAUGCUUCGGACCCCACGCCUCUGCAAGUGGGAGAGACCCGAGCAUCCUCCCCACCCCCAUAGCUCCAGUGCACGCCACCCCCACCUGUCUUGCCUGGGUCGGGGCCUGCGGCCAGCACCAUUUCACACACACUCCUUGUAGAUGGGAGCCAGAGGAAACCUGAACGUGGGUGGAGUGUUCCACUGAGUCUACUUCAGGAGACAGAAGGCCCAUGCUGAUGGGGGAGGAGGAGGGACGUGGGCAUUUUGGACACCAGGGGAAAUGGAAAUGCUGCUUUCAAAACUUAGUUUCCUUUCCAUUUCUUCCUAGUCUGGCCUUUGACACAAAUCUGGUAGAAAGAAGCCUGAUAAAUUGAGGGCACUUGUACCCUCCCUGUGCCCCCAGAAGGUUCUUGGAAAGAAGUGCAAGAAUUUGUGAACACGGCGGUGGAGGGCGGGUGGAUGGCCGUGGGCUGGGCCUCCGUAUCAGGCCUGCUCACCUUGCUGGGAGCUUUAUUCUGAUCUCAUUUUGAAUGUUCCAGAGGGAGCAUCAUAAGAGCCCAGAGCUCCGAUUUCCAAAGAGUGAUAUUGACAUUUAUGGAGAUUGGUGUUGUAACAUAUUUUGAUAAAUACUAACUUAUUUUGUUGGGGUUUUGGUUGUCUCUUGUCUUAGGACCUGGUAGUUAUUUGCUUGAUUUUUUUUUCCGUUAUUUUCUACAUAGGCAAAGAGAAUUCGAGGGAUAGACAGUCUCCAAGAAAAGUGAAGUGGUGGGAGAGAAUUGCUUUUUUCUUUUUUUUCUUUUCUCUAGUUUUUCUUUCUGGCUGAAAUUUCCGUGCAAGACAGCACCCAAUAGACUAUUUAGAGUUGACAUUUGACAUUUUAAUGGGCGCCAUGGCUCAUUUUGUAGAUUGAGAAGGUGCGUCUCCCCUGCUCCAAGUCUCAUCAUGACAGCGUGCUGACAGCUGGGAGUGUGUGGCCUUCCUCACGCAGAGGCCUUAAAGCUGGACACAGAAGCACGCCUAGGCUGGGCAGGGAUGGGACUCAUGCCCCCUCCUUAAAGGACGGGCUUCCUAGUUAGGAAAGGACACGUGGGGGUGCCUUGCAUAAUAGUUCACUGGUCACCGUGCUUUUAUGAGUAGUGUUUUUGUGCACUUGCCAGGGGUUUUCUCUCUGUGUGCAAGGGGAGUGAUUUAAGCAAUGGUGUCUGGAGUAAGCCUUACAAUUUUAAUAGACUUUUUCUUAUCAUAUCCCUCAUUUCUUUCCCUGAAAUAAAAAUACACACAAGCGAAAAAAAAUGAUAGUUUCACAUCUCUUAGUUCCCUUGCCCAAACAAGAAUAUUCUUAGUUCCGCUGGCCAGGAUUUUCCUACAUAGUCAGAACUUACACAUUACUAGAGGCACACCCACCAAGGAGUAUUGUGUCUACUUUUAUCUGUGCACCAGCCACAAAUAAAUACCCGCAUUGGAAAGACCCAUUUGUGAUGGGUAAACAUCCCUUCCUGUCUCCCACAAACCCUGUGACUGCCCUGCAUGUGUUCAUGACCUCCGAAGGCCCAAAUUCAUGAAGCAGCAAACCCAGCAGAUCUCCACCCCCCUGCCUCAGGACCUCUGCUGAAGAGGGGGAUGAAGUGGGUCUCCAGGGAGGCAGUGGGGGCCUUGUUGGCAGCUGGCUCAGGAGCCGGCUUACAGGAGGGCAGCUCUGCAGUUGGGAGGGGCACCGUCCGGAGGAGACCAGGCCUCUACACACCCCCCACUCUACUUAUCAUCCCUGCUCACACCCCCUUGGCUAAGGCUUUGUGCAUCGGAUUUAUUUUUCCAAAUCAAGAGGACAGUGAUAGAUGCAUUUUCCCCAGGCUGUCUCAGAAAAGUCGCUAAAUGUAUACUGUUGUCAGAAUUGCUGAGAUCUCCCCCCACUUUUGGUUUUUGCAGCAGCAAAAACUCUUUCCACUGUGACUUAUUUUCUCUCUCAGGCAGCCAGCCACCUGGUCCCUUGUGCUGACUCUAGCACAGUGGCCAGGAUCCAAUACGAGUCCAGGGGUGACCGCAGGAUGGUGGGGGCAGCAGGCUUCUCCACCUACCCCAGCCACCAAGGCCCUGACGCACUGCCUCCUGCACCUUCAGCACAUCCUUGUGCACAGCUGGAAGGGUGCAUGGCCCGCUCACCUUUGUUCAGAUGGGUGGAAACGCUGAUGAUACCAGCUCCUCCCUGCCGUGCCCCUGCCACGGAGCAGGCAUUGUGAACUGGCUGGUGUUUGCAGUCCCACGUGGUGUGGCCUCCAGCCCAACCCACAGUGGAGACUGGAGACAGGGCAAUGAGUCUGGUGGGGGGCACGUGGACAUGCCCCAUAGGGGCCCCACCCAGACUUACAGGCAAGGUCCUGGGCAUUGCGCGACGCAGGACUCAAUGUUAAAGCAAGCCUGCCUGGCUCUGUGCCAGGGCCCCUCUUCUGAUUCACACAUCCCAUUUUUACACAGACCCUUCCUUCUUAAUAAAGGCUGACAGUUCUGUUGGCAGCCAAGAACCCACCCCAUGAAGACAGGGAGUGAGGGGCCUUUGUGCCCAACUCCAGCACAGCUGCGUUCUGGGGUGUGUGAGAGGCAUGUUCGUGUCUGUGCGCUGGUGGUCUCGUGAGACAGUUCCGAGGACGGGGAAAUUGCAGGGUGGUGGGGACGUGAGGCUUAUAUGUGGAACUGAUGCGGAGUUCGCCUGCAGACGGAUCUGGAUAUACACUAUGUAUAAUUGUUACGUGUAAUUUAAAAUAUAUCUGUUUGCCAUCGUCAUGAGAAGAUUAUAUGUAAGGCUCUGAAGGGAGAGGGAGAUGUACAUUCUGCCAGGCUCCUGGGGACCUUAUCUGAGUCAUGAAAUUGAUUACUGUUGAUCCAGUGGUGCAAGAAGCUACACUCCAUGUGUCAUCACGCUUAUGACUCCUAAUGUAUUUUUAAGGCAAAAAAUGUCAGCCGACUCCAUCUUCACCCCUCGAUUCCUCGAGUCCAGCCUUUCUGUGCCAGUGCUUCACUGAGCCACAACGCUCUCGCCAUCGGGACCCGGCUGGGCCUGGAGUCUCGGGGCACAGUUGCCAUGGAGCCCUCCUGGGUCAUUCUACAAAUGUGCUGAGUGCCAGCUGAAAACCCCACAGGAGAUGGAGUACCUUGGCCAAGCUUAAAGAGAAGAUUUUUCUCAGGGUAUUUAUUAGUGUGUCCAGCAGGGUCAGGAAGCAGGAUGGAAAGAUGCAUUCAGACUGUUAAUUUAUUAACAAGGCAAAUGAUUUUGUGUUUCUUGAUGACAGACUAUUAAGUUUGGGACUUAUUUUCCCAUUUGAGAAGUUAUAAUAUAUAUUUAAGAUGAUAAGUUUCCUGCUUAAGUUGUGCCUUUCAGCUUCAAUGAGUUUAAGGAGCACUAAGGGUAAUGAUACCAAUGAGGGUUGGUUUAUUAUCAAACCUGAAUAGCUGUGGUUUCUCCAGUAAAUAUUUUCUUCUACUGAACAUGGAGCCAUUAUUAAGAGUUGUGUGUUUUUUAUUAUGUACAUUUGUAUAUUUUUUUUGCUUGUUUGAUGUUCUAUUUUUCUAAUAGUUUUCUUUUAGUUUCUUAAAGUUGUGAUACUAGAUUUAGAUUCUGAUGCUAACUGCAAAUCAGGUUGGUCUCUGCUGGGUCUCUCCUGCUUUUAUUUUACUUUAAGGACAAGUGUAGUUGUCGUCCACCACCUUUCAAAAAAUGUGAAACUGCCCUGCCUCCCCUUUUUGCUAACAACACUGUGUACAUUGACCACUUCCUACCAUACUUUAUGUUGUAAAAUCAAACUAUUUUGUGGUACAUUAUCUCAUGCUUCUGCAAAUUCUAAUAAAUUCUAUGGCUUCCA